AAUUGCUAGUUUUAUUGUUGCAUGGAUUUUUUUUUCUUUUUGUAAACACGAGAAGAGUGUGUUUAUAAGCAUGUAAGAAUAUAUUUUUUUUUUUCAAUUUUAUUACACUGAGUAGUGUAUUUCUGAAUCAGUUGAUGUUUGGACUCUGCUUAAGAAGAGGCUACAAUGAAUAUAACCGUAGCGUUGGAUGAACAUUUGACAAGUAACAGUUGCGUGAAACUUGUGAUCGAGCUUCUAAAGUAUAUUUUAUACCAGAAACAGCAAAUACCCUUCACAUGCGAUUCACUGUCUCAAUUGAAAAUGAAACCAACUGACAGGAAUUUGUCUUCCAUAAGAACGUUACUAAGCUCGUUAAAAAGCACCUCGGAACAGUUAAACUCAGAAUUUCACCAGAAAGACUGCAAAAUCAAAGAAAUCGCUAUACUUAUCGGCGCUACAAUAAUAUCGCCGAAAUUACACAUUAGAAUCGAAUUUCCAUCCGAUAUUCUCAGCAGCCAGGAACACUUUGAAUGCAAACAUGCUUCUAGAAAGCCCCUGUUAAGUUUGAUGAAGUCAAUAUUGCAAUGUCCUGAAUUUCAAGCUGCAUUGUCAUUGCCAUUGAGCCCUACGAACACCUUUGUGCUGAUAGAAAAAAGUGAUAAUAAUUUGGUAUCAGAGUUUUUUUUGCCUAAACCUCAGUAUAUACCUUCCAAUCAGAGUUCAAAUUAUUUUGUAAUUAAAUUGCAACACAAUGAUCAAGUAAGACUGAAUUGCAACUGCAUAAACGUAGUGAAAGUUUAUAACGAAGUAUCUGAAUCUGAUACCAAUAGGAGCAAGGAUAUCGAAUUUUUAAGUAAGUCAAAUGUGAGUAUCGUGCAUGUCCCUUAUCAGUGGUAUCAAUCUAGGGAAGUAAUCAGGGGAUUCAAAUUUUUAAGAUGACCAUAGAAUUUGUUACUAAGAUUAUAGCAAAUUUUUAAUUAACCUUCAAUGUUAGAUCAAUUUUUAAAUGGACACUGUUGUGUAUGUUAAUCAUGAUAUUGAAAACAUAUAGAUAACUGCAAAAGUAUUGUAUAAGUAGUAUUUUUAAAAUCUUUUAUAAGAAGUUGUUAAUAAUGUAGGAUAUAUAUAUUGAUUUACAUAUUGAAAUCAUACUGAUUAUAAAUAAACUUAUUAAACCGUCAAACAAUUACAUAUUUUUUAUCAUUUUAUUAUCAUUUAUUUACAUACAAACUUUCAUACUGAUAUAUGUAAAACUCCCACGAAAUAAACGUUCAUUUUAUAGCAGUGCAUUGAGAAUUAUUCGUCUUUUGUUUCAUAAAUUCGAAUUUUUAAAAUUCGAAAGUCAUUACUCGUAAUUAUUCUGAAAAGCAAUACUACCAAUCCUCCUGCCCAACUGCAUAUCAUUAGAACUAAAGGAACCUUAAGAAUGUUUGUUACUAUAUUUCGAUAUUUCUUGUAUUAUCAAAAAGUACAAAAAAAGGGUGAAGAAUAUUACCUGUAGGUAUGAAAUUAUAUUACACAAAUAAUCAAGAUCGCGCAUGUAAAAGUUAUGUAUUUUCAUGCAUAUCUUUAUAAUCUCGCAAUCACUGUAAAUGAGCUAUUUGUAAGAAUUAUCUAGAGUAAAAUCUAAAGUAAAAUUUAACAUUGAUACCUUACAUCCACAACUUUUUCGCAUAUAUUAUACAUUUCAGAAGAAACGUUUCUUAUAUUUUUGCUAAAUGCUUUAUAUCCUUGUUGGAAAUUGUAAUCCACAUACAUGGAUAUAGUUGUAAAUGCAAAGUUAAAGUACAUUGCAGGAAGUACAAUUCUCCAAGGAUCUGGAUAU